GCGUGCAGUCCGAUACACCUGUUGGUAAAACGCGCUGCCGAUCCCCCCGCCGGCCGUCAGACCUGCAGGACUCGCCGGGACGACGCUGCUGCUGCGUGUUGACAGCGCGUAAAGACGCACGACACUGUGGCAAUUUUAUGGGGCGGAUUUCCAAAUCAACCCCUCCAAAAAAAAGCCGCAGUAACAGAUAUCGCUAUUUGGCGAAAAAUCACGUAUUUGUUUGUUGGGGCGUCAGCACCGUGUUCGUUGCCCGUAGAUCCCGGCAUGUCCGUGAGGGAGAGCGCUACACACCGCGGCUCCGACGCUUCCACACCGACAGCUCCUGCGGAUCAGAUGGUGCCGAAAAAAUGACUCGGACUCUCGCCAUACUCGCGUACUUCCUCUGUCUGCUCCACUGUAGCCGCUGUGCCGAAUCAGAGGAGCGUCUCAUGAACUGGUUGCUGGGAAAGGAUCGCUACAAUCUGCUCAUCCGCCCGGCUGUCAACCGGACGGAGAGAGUCCCGGUGAAGCUGCAAGUGUCUCUGGCUCAGCUCAUCAGUGUGAAUGAGAGGGAACAGAUCAUGACCACAAAUGUCUGGCUCACUCAGCACUGGGUGGAUUACAGGUUAUCGUGGGACCCGGCAAAAUAUGAAGGUAUAGACAAGCUGCGCAUCCCUUCCAGACACAUCUGGCUCCCAGACAUUGUCCUGUACAACAAUGCCGACGGUACCUAUGAGGUGACGGUCUUCACCAACGCCAUUGUGAUUUUCAAUGGCAGCAUCAACUGGCUUCCCCCCGCCAUCUAUAAAAGCGCCUGUAAGAUCGAGGUCAAGCAUUUCCCCUUUGACCAGCAGAACUGCACCCUCAAGUUCCGCUCUUGGACGUACGACCACACGGAGAUCGACCUGAUCUUGAAGUCCGAGGUGGCGAGCAUGGAUGAUUUCACUCCCAGUGGGGAGUGGGACAUCCUGGCGCUGCCGGGCAGACGGACUGUCAACCCCCUGGAUCCCACCUACGUGGACCUCACGUACGACUUCAUCAUCAAAAGGAAGCCCCUUUUCUACACCAUAAACCUCAUCAUUCCCUGUGUUCUGAUCACCUCUCUGGCUAUUCUGGUCUUCUACUUGCCGUCAGACUGCGGGGAGAAGAUGACCCUCUGCAUCUCCGUGCUCUUGGCUCUCACCGUGUUCCUGCUUUUGAUCUCAAAGAUUGUGCCCCCCACCUCGUUGGAUGUGCCCCUGAUCGGCAAGUACCUGAUGUUCACCAUGGUCCUCGUGACCUUCUCCAUCAUCACCAGUGUGUGCGUGCUCAACGUCCACCACCGCUCCCCGAGCACCCACACCAUGCCUUCCUGGGUCAAGCUGAUAUUUCUUGUCAAACUGCCUGCCUUGCUCUUCAUGAGGCGCCCUCAGAAUAACUCUGCGAGCCAGAGACUCCGCAGACAGCGGUGUUUGAGGGCAAGGAAGUCCAUCGGGAGCUCGGGUUACCCAGAUGCAGCCAAAACAGGUUUCAUCUUGUCGCCUUCUGCCCUGCAGUCCUCCAAUCCUGCUUUCUCUGCCCGGGGACUAAAUGUAGCUCCUCAGCUGGGCUUCAGCCAUUCCAACAGGAAGGGGGACUUGCGCUCCACUGAUUACAUUCCCAGCGGCCAGGACCUCAAGCAGAGCACCAGCUCAGAUUGGGCUGCUGAUGUCCAGGAGGCUGUGAACGGUGUGCGCUUUGUGGCCGAGCACAUGAUGGGAGAUGACGAUGAUCAGAGUGUGAUAGAGGACUGGAAGUAUGUGGCCAUGGUGGUGGAUCGGAUGUUCCUGUGGAUCUUUGUGAUAGUGUGUGUGGUGGGCACGCUGGGCUUAUUUCUUCAGCCAGUCUUCCAGACUCAGAUCGUUCCCAACCAGCAGCCCAGCUCAGAGACUCCUCGCAUAUGACGAGUACAAAGACAUUUUUUGGGGUUUUUUCUUUUUUUUCAGGUGCACCUGGAGGGCUGCAGUAGUUAUAACUAUAUUAGUGGGUAGAAAAAGCAGGGACAGCAUUGUCGUCCAACGCUCAAAAAUAAAGCAUCUGAGAGGGUUAAACCAGGUAAAAAAGUACCAACAGACGCUCAUUUUAUAUGGUAAAGACCGAAUUGCUGUAUGAAAUAAGACAUCGAUCAAAUGUCUCCAAAUUAUCAAAACCACAUGGCCAAUAGCAAUGCAACCAUCAUCAGCACCAAAUCCUUUGAGGAAGUGGUAACGAGGCGUCAUUGCACUGAGCUCAUCUCCCAUGUCUACAGAGGACAGCUCCAGAACCGGACUGAAUAUAGCUUUCACUGCACAUAAGUAUGCUGUACCUAUGCAGAAAUAUACCUAAUAUGUCUGAGUCACAGUUAAAUGUGUCUGCUGUCAGAUUGUUGUCUUAAGCCCUUGUUUAAGUAAGUUCCAAUACCAUUUCAUCAGAAAUGUGAUUAAAGAAUGAAUAAUGCCCUCUCUCAUCUUCAUCAAAUGAAUGAAUUCCCCAAUAAAGUCUCAGAUUUGUCAGGGUAAGUGCUUCGUUAAUCCUUGUUGUCCGUCCUCGGAGCCAAUACAUUCAUUGAUGAUGUGCCAGUUAGAACAUUUCAUCACAAGGAUAAGACGGCUGUUCACUUUAAAUGUUAAUGUGUGAACUGGCAAGAAAGAAUGUUGAUGCAACAAAACCUGUGGAGAUUGGGUUGAUCGUGCCUUUGUUGAGGCACACUGCCAAAUACCCUCCAGUCAGACAGUUCUAAAAGGAUGUGUAUGGUUUAAACAAAGUUUACUUGUUUCAUUUGUGUCUUUACGCCCCGAGUUAACCUCUGUUAAUUGCUCAUUUCUUCAGACCGGCAUAUCGAGGCACAAACACGUCUGAGAAAAUGCACAAGCACACGGUGGACUGAACCCACGCUGGGCAUUUACUGCUCAAUAAACUGUGCUGAGUGGGCUCGUUAGAGAUUCUGCAGACUCGGUUGUUUUGUGAAACCCUCAUUGAAAUCAAGAAACAACGAUCCACAUCACUGCUAAUGUUUUACCUUCAUGUCUCGCUACAGCCUUCGAGUGCAUUCCCCUUCACCUGUUAGCUUGUCUGCAGUAAAGAGACAGGCACUGGUUUCACAACAUCGACAAUUUUUCAUCAGUUUCAAUCCAAACAAAAAUGGAGGAGCCGUCAUUCAACAAUCGAUAAAAAGUCCCAUAAAUCGCGUCAGCAGCUUUUUGUCAUUAGUCUCCAAUAAGUUAUGCAUGGCAGCAUUGUCCUUGAGAAUUUCCCUGCCACAUUAGCAAUCAUUAGUUAUGUUGGAACAAAUCAUCAAAAAUGUAACGGUGAAAUCAAAAUAAUAAGUAAUACUAAGGGUAGCCAUUGCAGCAUCAAGGUCAAAUCAAUGAGCAUUACUAUCUGGAUAUGAUUUAAUAUCCCACAUGGGGGUGAUUCUUUUUCCCUUGCCCCGCUCAAAGGAUUUGAGCCAGUGUGGCCGAACAAAGUGGAGAUGAUUCAAGUGCAAACACUUUCACUUGGUUUCUAGAAGGGACUUUGUCUCUGCCAGGGGAUUAUUCACUGAAGAAAACCUUCUUCACAAUAUUGUUUUUCAUUUCCGCCCAUAAAUUACGCUGAAUCAGGGAAAUACAAAUUCAAUGAGUUCCAAUUAGGCAGAAUUAGUUUUUUCCAGUCCCGUAAACUUUAUAUAAACGAAAGGCCAACAGUUGUAUUUACGUUUGUAUGGUCAUCAACUGAUUAUCUUAUCAAAUAAAGAUUAAGUAUACAAAC